AUGAUUGAAUUUGGUCCCGAUCAGUACGCGGGAUUGGCCAUCAUGCUGUGUGCGGCAAUUGGAGUUGUCGCCAAUGGGACGGUCGUUUUUUGGAUCUCGAAGCUGCCGUCGAUGCAGAAUGCUUUUGGUCGUUUAUCGAGAAGUCAAGCGACCGCCGAUUUGCUUCAUGGCUGCAGUUUUUUCUUUUACUUUGGCCCAAUGUUGAUCUUG